AGGAAAUUCCGAGGAUCUUGAGGGUUUCCUCGGAAUUUCCUCGGAAUUUUACCUUGUAAAAUCAGAUUUUAGGGAUUUGAUUUUAGGGUAUAGAUUCCUAGGAAUUUCCUGGGAAAAUUCCCAGGAAAUUCCGACGGAUAUCAGCAUUUCGUGGGAAAUUCCUGGGAAUUUUCCCAGGAAAUUCCUAGGAAUUCAGCAUUUCGUCGGAAUUUCCUGGGAAUUUUCCCAGGAAAUUCCUAGGGAAUAAGGAUUUAGAAUCGAAAACACCAAUUUACGGUUCCCAGAAGACUUACGUAAGCCUUAGUAAGUGUCUUCAAUUGAUUAUGGGACAAGACAUUGGUGUUGUACCAAUUAAUGGCCACUUUUCCGAUUGUUGCACCGAGAUCCCCAAACAGCAAUGCAAGAUAAACACUUAUACACUUUAAUGAACCUAAACGACAAUACUUAUACUCGAUUCAAUCAUUUUGUAAUUUGAAUGUUUAUUUGUCAUGUACUAUCAAUAUAAGUCUUGAGAAAACUGCCAAAUUGUUCAAGGAACGGUCUAAAGUUUGUAAAUCAUUAAUCCGAACCCCUAAACUAUGGUUCCUCGGAAUUUCCUGGGAAUUUUCCCAGGAAAUUCUGAGGAACCAUAGGAUUCCUAGGAAUUUCCUGGGAAAUUUCCCAGGAAAUUCCGAGGAACCCAUAAUUCCGAGGGAAUUCCGACGGAAUUCCUGAAUCCCUCGGAAUUCCGUCGGAAUUCUGGUAAACCGGUUCGUAAACCGAAAAUUCCGACAGAAUUCCGAGGGUUUCAUUUUCCGUCGGAAUUUUCGGGGUAAAACCAGAUCUGCGGAUCUUCUUCCCCAUUUCUCUCUUUUCUCUCUUUUCCCUUGGCGAUUUCCGGCUCCUCCUCCUCUCCCUUGGCGAUUUCCGGCUCCUCCUCCUCUCCCUCUUGAUAUUCGGGCUCCCCCUCCACCCCCACUCCCCUAAUCUCUCCCUCCUCCAUGGAUUCUAGUGACCAGAGUGCGAGGGCUCGAUCUCGUCGGGCCCCACCGCGAGGCCGCGCUACUUCGACGACCCCUUCGGAUUCUCGGGUUUCGUCUAGCCGGUCUCGGGGUUCGUCAUCCUCAUCGCAGAGCCCCCGUCCCGCUAUGGUUCAGCAUGCGGCUCCUUCUCCCGCUGCGGCCCCUCAUCUUCCUCACGACUUCCCAGACAUUCCCGAGCCUCAUGUCGCUCCAGGAGUGAUGACUGUUGCACAGCUGGUGCAACAGCCAGGUCGUGACCAUCUCCCUUAUCUCACUCUGUAUCCUAGGGAACCCGGUCAGACUUGGUUCGACCGAUCCCAUAACGGGAUCAGCGCUUGGAUCAACAGGAUGAUGUAUUCCGACCUCAAGAAGGGAUACGCAACCUUCACAGUGAUGCCGAGGGAUGAGCAGGAGCUCUGGUUUCGUCAGUUUGCUCAAGAGUUCAACUGGCAUCCGGAUAACACGACGUUCAUCCGCAACGCCUUCAUCCACAAAUGUAUGGAUUCAUAUUCCGGGCAAAUAUAUGAAUGGAAGCAGAAGUGGCUAGCGGAUAAGGUCCCAAAGUGGAUCAACAUGACCACUUGGGAGGAGUUGUGUGUCCAUUGGGACAAGGACUCGACGAAGCAGGUCUCUAACACCAACUCCGCCAACCGCAAGAGCGAUCGUGGCGGGAAGGGCAUGUACAAGCACAAUUUGGGUGCUCAGUCUAUUCCCACUCUCGCAGACAAGAUGGCGCAAGAAAAUGAAGGUGAGCCCGUGGGUGAUUUCCCUUUGUACAAGAGGAUCCACACCAACAAGACCACGGGCCAGAUUGAUGACGGUCUUGCGCAGGAGGUUGUCUCCCUGGUGGACAGUAUGACACAAGACGAGGAGGCCCGUCUCUCCCAGAUCCAGGCCGAUCUCGAUCUUGACGCCACAUCUACUGAGUCCACUGCCCUCUCUCAAGUCCGAAUCAACGAGCUUCUUGAAUCGGCGAUUCCAAAGAAGAAGGGACGUUUGGUCGGUUUGGGUCGUCGAUCCAAAUCGGUUCCUCCUACGUCUCAGGUGCCAGUUGAUCCUACUCUGAUGGAUCAACUGAAGGAUAAGGAUGAACGCAUCCGUCAGUUGGAGGAGAAGAUGGCGGCUCAAGAGAGAGCUAGAGAGGCAGACAGGAGGCGGAGUGAGAAGAUGAUGGCGGCCUUCAUGAGGCAAUUCCCGGACCAGAACUUCGACGUCGACGAGGACGAGUAGUUCUAACUUUAAUUUAUGUUUUAAACUUUAUUUUUAUUUUCUGUUUUGUAUGAAUAUUACUUUUGAACUAUUUAUAUUAUGUUUUUUAUUUUAAUUUUCAAUUUAAUAAUUAAUUUUCGAAUUUAAUAA